AUGGUGUUCGAGAACCUCCUCGCUCCGCUGCUGGAGCGCUUCCUUGGGCAGUACAUCGUCGACCUGCCCAGGGAGCAGCUGCGGGUCGGAGUGUGGAGCGGGGUGGUGCGGCUCGAGAACGUCCGUCUGAAGCCCGCGGCGUUCGAUCACCUCAAGCUGCCGUUCGCGGUUCGCGAGGGGACGAUCGGGUUGGUCGAGCUCAAGCUGGCGCUCAAGACUGUGCUCCUGUCCGCCAGGCAGCACCCCUUCGUCAUCACCCUCGACGCCAUCUCCGUCACCGCGUCGCCGAGGGCGGAGGAUGAGUGGGCGGCCGAACCCGCGGCGAAACGCGCGUUGGCGCUCAAACGCGCGGCGCUCGCUGCCGCGGCGGCUGAGAUCGCGGCGACGAAGAAACGCAAGGGACGAUCAUCCGCCCCGGCCUCGUCCUCCGCGGUCCUCGACGCGCUCUGGGCGCCGUUGUUAGACAGGCUCAGGCUGAAGGUGGGAUCGGUCCACGUGAGGUUCGCGGACGUGCCCAGGAUCGGCGCGGUCGAGUCUCACGACACCGCGGCGAUCGGAAUACGACUGGACUCGCUCCUCGUCGCCACGCCGGGCGUCGGGGAGGACGAGCGGGACAGGAAACCGGGCGAAGGGGCCGACGACGAAGACGAGCCGUCCCCGUCGACGUCGAAGGGGGCUGACGACGACGUACCGCCGAGGGGACGCGGUCCAUCCAGGGGCGGCGGGGGUAAAACCCGAUCGUCGUACACGGCGAGCAUCGGCGGCGUGUUAUCCAUGGUGACACCCGUGCGCGAGGCGAGAAAGAGGGUCGAGGUUAAGGGUCUGAGGGUCUACUCGCACGUGCGGGGCGACGUGGACGACCCGGAGGAGUGGUGCCCGAGGGUGACGGGGUCCGAGCUCGUGCGAGGCGGUGGACACGACGACGACGUACACGAGGACGACGUCAUCGUCGGUACGGACGACCUAUCCGCCACGCUCACGUUGACGGCGCGGUCCAAGGUUUCGCCCGUCAAUCAAGGUCAGGACGAUCGAAACAAUCAAAACGCCAAAGACAGCCAACAGGGGGGUUUCGACGUCAAGCUGGAACUUCACGGCGAGGUGAGCGCGAGGACCCGUCCGUCGCAAGCGCGGAGCCUGAUGCGGUUGGGGGACCAGAUGAAGGUGUACGCGUUGCGUGAGAGACACGGCGCGGACCGCCCCGUGGAUACGAAAGACUGGAGGGAGUGGUGGAGGUACGCCAUCAAGUCGGUGAUGAGGGACCUGUCGGAUAAGGAGGACGGAUCCAACCCGAAGGAAGACCUCAAGCGGGCGGCGAACGUGAUGAGGUACGUGGACCUGUAUCGCAAGAGAUUGGAGGGUCAGUCCAAGCUGGGCACUAAGUCCUUGGAUGAGAGCGUCGACUUUGGCGAGGAUGAGUUUUACGAUUGCGAGCAGCCGGAUGACCAGGAUAUCGCCCGUUUGGAGCUGUAUUCGCUCGAAAACGAACUCAGCCUCGAGGAACUCUUGACGGCGCGUAAUCGGGCCGAGGAGCUCAUGCACGACGACGAAGACGACGGGGAGUUCCACGAUGCGGAGGAGAGCGAGCUCGAGAGCGAGUUUGGCGUGGACGACGACGAAGAUACCGGCGAGACGAAACGGAAGGGUUUCCGGUGGGCCGCCUCCGCGUUGUAUCGCCGAGGCCAGUCAGCGGUGACGAGCGCGGUCGGCCUGGCCGUCAACACGAUGGCAUCCACCUCCACGUACGUGUUCGCAUCGUCGGAACGCGCCAGGUCGGGCAGACCCGCGUUCACGCUCAUCGCCGAGUGUUUCUCAAUCACGCUUUGCGCGGAGACUGAGGAGCAGACGUACGGCGUGACCCGCAGGAUAGCCGCCGACGCCGUCCGCGUGGAGGUGAGAGGGAUAAAGGUCGAGACCUGGGAGGGUCCUUCGACGUCCGCGUUGGCACUGAGUGUCGGUGUGCACGACAUGGAGGCGUGGAUGGUGACGAGGGGCGACAGGAACGAUGAGGGCGACGGGAACGCCAACCGGAUCCGGGCCGCGUGGCGCAGGAACGACUCUCAGCUCGGCGACUCCGGCGGACCCGUCGUGAAGGUUACCCAAAGACGGACCAUCGGUGGAUCCGAAGGGGUGGAGGACGAUUCGACCGGCGUUCAGCCGUUGGAGGUUGCCGUCGCGCCCCUCGCGAUCGUGGCGCACUCGCGCAUCGCCGCCGCGCUCGCCGCGUUUCCCCAGGAGAUUCCCGGUUCUCACUUUGGACGCUUGCUUUCCUCGGUGUGCGGGCUGAGGGGCGACUCCCACAGGGAGCGCCUCGUGCGAGCGACGACGUCCAUCGACCUCGAGUUACGCGCCCAGCCGUGGCGACUCGAGGUGAAUCACACUUUGUUUCUGCUUCCUUCCGCGCACACGUCCAACGAUCCAAAGGCGUGCGCCGAUUCGUGCGCGGCGGCUCUCGAGAUUUCUCGGCUGGCGGUGGAGUGGUCCCCGGGGGGCUCGAGGGCGUUGACGGCUUCGGAGAUAAGCGACGUCAGGGCGCACGCGGAGGCGUUGGUGCGUAACCCUACAUCCGACCCCGAGGACGUGAACGAGGCGGUGUUCGCGCUCGAACAGGCCGCCUCCACGCACCAGGUUGCCGCCGCAUUUUCCGGCGUCCAGGUGAGCGUCCCGGUGCUUCGAACCUCGAGGGCGGGCGGCGGCUUCACGUGGUCGCCCCUCUUUGACGAGUUUAGCGGACGCGUCACCGCCGUGAUGCGCUCGUUGGCUGUGGGUGGCGGUGACGCGUCGAACAGGGUACGCGCGCGCCUUGGGGUGCUCCACGUGGGUGUCACGCCCGCGGUUGUGUCCUCUCUGGUCAGGGUUCAAAACGCCGUUGAAAAACUAGCCGCGGAGGUUGACGCGUCCGCGCCUCGACACGUCGGUGACGCGUUCCUUCCGUUCAGUUCCAACCCGGCUCUCGACCUGGACCUGAGCAUGGAAGAACUCUCCGUCGCCGCGAGCUCGACGUCGACGAGCGCGCUGUACGUCGCGAAGCUGACAUCGAUGGAUGCGCGUGUCGGCCAGUCGAGGUCUGGACACGCGUGGAUAAACUGUUCGGUUCAGUCCGCGGGGGUGGAUGUCGCCAACGCCAGUCUCCUGCGGGUCAACGCCCUCAGGGAGAACAUGGUGGACGUUAAGUCGUUCCUGCGAGUGGAUGGAUGCGUUCCCGCGACGGGAUACGGUCCGGGCAAGGUAAACGUCGAGGCGUGCGGUGUUGAGGCUGUGGUGACCAGCCGCCUCAUCGUCGUCGCCGCCGAGUUUGCCGGGCUCGUGGACGCGACUGGCGGCGACGUGCCCGCGGGUGGUCCCAGGGACCAGGCGAACUACGUCUCCUUGCUCGGUGCGGGACGUCGACGAUCCGUCAGGCGCUCGCUUCACUUCCUCCGAAACGCCGUCGAAUCAGACGCCGGGACUCUGAGCGAUGAGACGAGGGACGCCGAUUGGGCCGCGCUGGCCGAUCCGUUUCCCAUGUCUCUUCCCGAAGAUAUUUCUUCAAAGGAUGGUGACGCGGUGACUGUUUCGUUCGCACUCGCGACCACCACUCGCGUCGUCAUGUUCGAGCACCGGGAGAAGGGUCCGUCGGAAACGUCCGGCGAGCCCGUCGCCGUCGUCGACGUGUCCACCGCUGAGCACAGCUCGGUCGUUCCGAGGAGCGCAAAGUCCGCGUCGGCGCAACACUCGUUUGCGGUUAGGAACGUGAGGGUAUGGUCUCCAGCCUCGAGCCCGGCGACCGCGGACGUGCUUCCAUCUUCUGACCCGGGAGAGAAGGACGCCGUGUUGUUGAACGUGGGCGUCAGAGUCAAGGCUGACGCGUUUGAAGGAUCCAAACAGCCCGUGGUGGACGUGAGCGUGACGCACGUUCGCGCCGGGGCGCAUUCGGAAUCCAUCGCGAGAAUCGCUCGAUUCGGCGCCGCGUGCGCCAAACACGCGGCGGCGUUUUCUCCCCCCGCGACUGCGGUAGAGGAGGACGCGUCGAGCGACGUGAACGGUGCCACUUCGUUCGAACCGGGAUGUUUGACGGUGAAAAUCGCGGAUGCGUCGGUAUUCGUUCCAUCCCCGAGGCGAGGCGAUCCAGCCGGAUACUCCGACGGUCGCGGUCUUUUACUCGCGUUGGGCGGCACGAAUCUCAUGACCCGUCUACCUUUCGCGUGUGCAUGGAAAGACGACCCGUCGUUUGCACUCGCCAGCUUCGGCGUGCAAAGCGUCAGGUUGGCGGCGACCGAGCCCGAGGAGUACGAGUGGAUCGUCGCGUUGCAGCCGCAGAGAUCCGCGGCGAUGAAUCGUCGGCCGAUGAUCCACGCCGACCCCAUCAACGUCCCGGCUUUACUUUCCAUAGGAGCCGUGCGCGGGAUCGAGAAGCCGUCCGAGGCGCUAUCGCUUUCCGUCGAAGUCCCGCUCGUGUCGUGCACGUUAACACCCACGUCAGCCGGUCUGGUGCUCGACGCGGCUCGAGCGUUCUCCGCCGCAGACUUUGGCGAAAACCCACCGGCUUUGGCCGCGGCGGCUGAAGAAACGACCGUCACACGCGACGAUAAAGGGUCCGAUUGGUCCGUCAACAUCGCGGUUGAUCGCGUUUCUGCUCUGGUUCAGUCAUCGGACGAGCGCGAGGGUGAGUUUGGCGGCGACGGUGACGAGAUAUCCGCGCUGAUCACCUCCUCCGGCAUGGGCCUGAAGGUCAAGUCGGCGUCCUCGGGAGCAUCCACCGCCAUGAAGAUUGUGGCUUCUUUCGACCGGGCGCACGUGCUGGAUGUCAGCGCCACCGCCGCGGGUGAGGCCGAACGUAUGGCCGCUGGUGUCAAGCUAGGCGCGGAGCAAGACGUUGGAGUUUUCCUCGCGUGGAUCGGGGUUGUUUCCGGCGACGAAUCCCGCCGAUCCGUUCUCACCGCGAGGGCCCUGUUCGAUGAUGCGACGGACGCUCCAACCUCCGCGGGGCUCGACGUCGCCCUCGGAGGCGGUGGGUUCGCGGUCAACAUACCCGCGUGGGAUCGGGUCGUCGCACUCGGUUCGGCACUCGCAUCGGAGGUUGACUCGGCCAAUGACGCCGACGCCGCGAAAAGUCUGGAAACGUCGCACGCGUCUCCGCUCGCUCCCGUCGCGGAGGAUGACUCGAAACCUAAGAAGAAACCGUCCCGGGUGCCGCUGAUUGUCAAGAGCGCACUCUCCACCGGCGAAUGGACCGUCACCCUCCCGUGGAAGGGUUCUUCCGAGACUGACGCGCGAGCGAUGCGCCUCGUCGUCGACGCUCGCGCUUCGGCGUCUGCAUCCUUGGACGUCAACGCCGGGUACGCGGUGAAGGGUUGGGGCGGCGCGGUGACUCUCGACAGGUUGUCGUUGGACGUGAGGGAAAGUCUGCCGGAUUUGUCGCAGCGGACGCACUCCCUCGCCGAGGCCAAGGGCGUCUCGCUUUCGGCCACCUCCGAUCAGAGCGACUGGUCCACCGGCGUGUCGCUAGACCUGGUCGUGCGUGACGUGUCCGCGGCGGUGUCCACGCGCCGGUUGCAGCUCAUCAAGGAACUUCAGGGUCUUUUGGACGACGGCGCCGCGCCACCGCACACCAGAUCGCACGGCGGCUCGUCGGCCCAGCAAGAACCCAAGACGUCGGUUCCACUCGCGUUCCCGCCAAUCUCUAUGAGCGUCCAGCUCGACACGGUGGGUACUCUGAUCGUGAACGACGGCGACGAGGACGAAACGAUCGGUGUCCCACUGGUGGAGGCUGCUGUCCUCGGUCUGUCUGCGUCACUCACGGCUGACGCGGACGCGCGAUUGGGUCUGCGCGUCUCCGUCAACGUCGAGGCACAGGCGCUCGUCGACUUUCUCAACCACCGCAAGGGUGCGUGGGAACCGAUUGUGGAACCUUGGAGGGUCCGCGUCGGCGUGGACGCGCUCAUCGCCCCGGAGAAGACCUCGGCGCCGACCAAAAUCGGUGUCAAGGUUGUCGGCGUCGAUCAGCUCGAGUUCACAGCCACCGAAGCCGGCGCCGUCGCGACCGCGGCUGCCGCGCUGGCGCUUUUCAACGGCGUCAAGGCGACCGGCUCGCCGACGAGCGCCGACGGCGAAGACGUUCCGUCCAAGGCUGCGCUCCAGUUACAGAUCAAGACCAGGCGGCAGCACCACUCGUACUGGCUCCACAACGCGACCACUUCACCGGUCGAGUACUGGCUCGAUAAUAGCGACCAAACGAUGACCAACGGCGACACCGAUCGGUGUGGGACCGUCCCCGCGGGCGAGAGGGCGCUCCUGUGUUUCCCGGAUGUCAAGUCCAGGGCGGCGCCGCGGUACUCGUGCGUCGCGGGCGUCGAGACGCUCGUGUCACCCGCGCCGGCUCCGCCCCCGGCGCCGACCCGCGCCGUGGUGCUGAGGGUGGAGGGUUGCGCCGCCGCGUCGAAGCCCAUCGUGCUGGACAGAGCCGCGGCGUACGUCCUCGACCCGUCAAACGGAUCAAACGGAUCGGCCGACGGAUCAUCCGACGCUCGUCUCGUCGCCGAGGUGCGGCAGGUGGUGGACGCGCAGGGCGGCUCGAGGGAACUGAGCGGCACGGUGCGAUCGGAGCUCCUGUUACGGUCCGAUCUCGCGUUUCAGAACGCGACUUUGACACCCGUGGAGCUCAGGUUCGACCGACGACUUUCCGAGCGUUUGGUGUCCUCGCCCGCGCUCGCCGUGGACGCGGGCCAACGAGUCUGGCUGCCGAUGCCGUUGGCCGGCGGAUCGGCGCGCGUGCAGUGGCGCCCGCUCCCCGAGCCCGACGAAGCGCGAUCUUGCGGCGGCGCGACGAAAGUCGGCGUCAUUCGACGGGGAGACGGCGCGAGGGGUUCGCUUCCGGAUUUGCCGGACGCUUCGGAGUACGGUUGGAGCGACCCGGUGUCGCUGAGGACGCUCGCGGCUGCCGCGGCGGCGGUGACUGAUUCCGACGAUCGACCCGAGCCACCGCACGCGACGGCGGCGCCUCGGUGGGGAUCGAGAGCGACCGGAUCCGGAUCGUUCAGGUGCGUCGUCACCGCGCAUCACUCGCGCAAAGCCGCCGCGUCGGUCGUGGCCCUGGCGCCUCCCCUGUACCUCACCAACUCGCUUCCGGUGUCCGUCUCGGUAUCGGUCGGCUCGGGGCCGACCGACGCCGAGGCGAGCCCCGAUGGUUCUCGAGCAUCGCCGCGAGCCGAACAGCGGCGACAACGAGGGGAGCACUUGACCGUCGCGCCCGGUGCCACCGUGGCUGUGCACGACGGAGCCGCGGACGCCUCGUCAACCGUCGACGUCCACGUGAGACCCGCGGGGUACACAGCCGUACGUCCCGCCGUCGCCGUCCCGGUCAUGCCCCGAACCAAAAGGUUUGGAGACGAGGCUGAAGGAGCGAUAUGGUCAGCGCGUCGCGAGGUUUUCUUCGCGGACGACGGCACCCCCGGCCGGCUGGCGCGGCGGGUGCCCGUCAGUCUGAAGAUUGAAGCCACGGUGGAUGAGCACGGCGCGAGGCGGGUGCGGAUAUCGUGCCCCACCAGCGCCGUGAACAGAUCCACGGACCCGCUCAUCUUGCAGCAGGUUCGACCGCCCAGGCCCAACACGUUCGGUAAGGGCGACGCGGCGAGCCUCGGUCUGGCGGGUUCGGACCUGAGAGGUUGGGCGAAGCGGCGCAGGGACAGGGAGUCGCGCGUCAAGACACCCGGCGAGGGCGACUGCUGGUUGCCCGCGGCGACGGAGGUUGUGACCCUCGCCGACGCGAGCGGCGGGGAGGUUGUUCGUCCCCGCACGCCUCGCCGCUCGCACGGUCCCGGGGUACCGUCGUCGUUCGGGGUCGUGGCGAUGUCGUCGCCGAGGAGGUUGACCGAAUCACAGGCGCACGGCGUCGCGCACAUAAGCUCCAGGUCCCAUUCGCCGCCCCUCUCAGUUCACGACGUGGCCAUGAGCGCUUCAACCGACGGGUUCUCUACAGACGUUUCGAUGUCCGCGUCCGCGAGUGAAACGUCGUUGGCCCGCGACAGCGGCACGAGAAAGUACAACACCGACGACGAGGGCGCGUUGCUCGGCCACAGGUCGUCGCGUCAGCUCGAGGCUGUACGGGCCAUCGACGCUUUGAGCGUCGGGAUGAGCCCGGGCGACGGACAGAUUCGCGUGCACGACGGUUCGCCCAUGGACGCGGUUCCGCGUCGAGGAUCGUUCCCCACUUUGUUCAGGGACCCGUCCAAAAUCGAUGCGGGAUCCACCAACUGGAGCCCGGGCGUGGCGAUGUACGGCGGGUCGCCGCACAACGAGAGCCAAUCCGAGCUGGUCAUACCCCAAUUCGUUCGGUUCCGAUCGCCGGAUGCCGCGCACUGGUCCGCCACCACUCGUCUCAACCCGGGCGACAGGCCCGUCGUGGUGCGUUGCCCGGCGGCGUUAUCCCCGGCGGCGUGUUACGAAUACCUCGUGUCCCUUCGUAACCCGCUCACGAACGCCGGUGCCGUGGGUGGAACGGUCAGCGUAGGGCCCAGAUUUGUCGUCCGCGGCAACCCGCUCGGUUCGACCGACGCCAUCUGGUUCAGGCAGCCCGAGUCUGCGCACGCGGGAAGGUUGCUGGCGGGCAGGGACGAGUCCGUCACGCUGUGGGGCGACGCGAUGGGUCCGCGAUCGUUGAGGUUCAGGCCCGACGGAGGCGCGUGGUCGUGGUCCGCGGCGGUGCCGGUGGACAGGCCGGGUGUCGUCUACGUCAAAACCGCGUGCCUGACCCGCGACCCGGCUGAGAUUGCCAGGCUGGUUUCGAAGAUUUCGUCGGGUCUGACCACCCCGGGCUCGCCGUCCGUGUCCAGAAGGCUGGGUUUCCACUCGCCGCCGCUGCCGGGCACGCCCAGGCGGUCCAACGUGUCGCCGAGGCCGUCAACCUACGUAAGGAGCUCGUCCAGUGUUUUGUGUCGAGUCUUUUGCGUCGCGGUGGCUCAGUCGAGGAGCGUCAAGGGGGGAUGGGAGACGGAGGUAUCCGAGCUCGGGCCCGGUGAGAUCGACGCCGUCGCGCCCGUCAAGUUCGAGAACAGGUCGGGCACGACGGUAUCGUUCAGACAGGCCGACGCGCCGAGAACAUCCGCGGGCGACGACGUGGUCGAGCCCGGUCAGGUCGCCGCGUAUGCCUGGGACGAUCCGUUUGGUUUGAAAAAGUUGGUCGUGUCCAUUCCGGGAUCCGAGUACGUCACGACCGUCGCCGUCGAACCAGACCCCGACAUCGACGAUCUCGAUUCCGACGAGGACGAGGACGAGGAGACCGGGAUGGUGACGCGCCAGAUCAUCGCGCGGUUCGUGGACGAGAAGAGACCCAACGCGCUGCUUCGGCUGAGAAUCGUUCGAAGCGAGACGGCGGGAGUCCCUUGCGUCGUCACCGUCGAGGAGGCGGAUGCCCACACGAACACCGCCGCGGCCGCGUCGCACCGCGCGUCCGCGGAGAUUGAAGCCGUGAGGGCGCGUCUCGCCGCUCAGGGUGCCAGUCCCAUCGAGGGUCUCGUCAACCAGGGCCAGGGCGUCCAACCGUCCACUCCGGCUUCGCCCGCUUCCACGGCCAAGUCGGGACCGACGCCGCAGUCGGGAACCGUCCCCGGCGGCGUGUCACCCGUCGCCACCAGGGUCAUGACGCCGAUGCUGCCGAGACGUCUGCGCCCGAUAGCUAAAGCGUUGGCGUUCGCCGCGGACGUCUCGAGAGCGGCGGUCAAGACGUCGCCGCCGCCGCUAUCCAUCGAGGUUGUCCUGGAGAUACCAUCCGUCGGUCUCAGCGUGGUUGACGCGCAGGGCAGCGUCGAGCUUCUGUACGCGCGCGUGGCGGGUGCACGAGCCGCGGUGUUGGCGCGCGGGGUCGGGUCCAUCAGUGACGUGGCGUCGGCGAUCAAGGAGGGUUCGUUCUCGCUCCGGGUGGCGCACGUGAGGGCGGACCUUCAGACCCCGGGAGCCGCGUCUCAGCCGUCGGUGUUUUCGUCGGGCGGCUCGUCCAACCUGCCGAGGGGUGCGCAUCCCAAACCCGCGCUCGCCGCCAAGACUACGGUCGCCAGGCAGCAGCAGGUGAGCACCGGCGCGAGGGGACCCGGGCACGCGACGCACUCGUUCGCGUGGGAGGUCCAGUCCCUCCUCGUGGAUACCGCGCCGCUGGUGGUUGACCUGAGGGAGGAGCUCUUGUCGGCGGCGCCGCGCGUCGCCGCCGGGUUUGCUCGUCCUUUCAGAGCCGUCGGUCAGACGGAAAGUUCGCGAACUGACGACGGGGACGACAAGGCGCAGGCCAAGCCCAGUCGCAGGGCGAUGGCGCUCAAGUCGGCAAGGUCCGCGUCGGGUGUACCGCCCGAGGAUUUCGUCGGCGUCGGCGGCGUUAGGGUCGGUCCCUUUGACGUCGUCGUGUCGUUCACGGCUUUGCCCUUCUUGCCUUGGGGCGUUCGGUCCAUCGGCGCCGUGGACAAGGCGAGGGUUUCUCUGAGGCCGUUCCAGCUCCCGUCGCCGAUAUCGCCCAAGCCACCCGCGGGCUCGUCCGUGUGGACCGCCGAGCAGGUGGCGACCCUCGCCACCCGCCACUACAUCGCGGAGGCUGCCGGCCAGGUUGUAAAGUUUGUAGCUUCCAACAAGCUCCUCGGCGACCCGGCCAGGUUCUGGAGUCAAAUCUCGGGCGCCGUCGUCGAGCUACGAUCGGCACCCGCUCGAAGGGGCGCGGGGCGACGAUUCAGACGGAGGAUCGCCAGUGCCGUCGCCGAGGCUGCCAAGACGACGCUGCAACACGCCAGGGAGGUCACGGGCGAGGUUGAAGCCAGGUUUCUCGAGGCGAGGGAGCUGAGGGCGGCGCGACUCAGGCUUCGUCGCAUCGAGGAUCCCGACCAGGAAAACGUCGACGGCGGCGAAUCGAACGUGCCGGGAUCCGACGUCGCGCCCUCCGGCGCCGAGACGUCGUCGUCCGCCCGCGUCGAGCAUCCCACGUGGGAGGUUGUCGUCGGCGUGCUGCGCGCGGCGGGAUCGCUGGUCGAGGCUCCGCUGCAGGGCGCAGAGCUGAGGGGGAUCCCAGGCUUUCUGGAGGGUGCCGCGGAGGGCGCGAUGGGCGCGGCGGCCAACGUGACGUCCGCGACCCUGACCUUGGCGUCGGCGCUGGUCGAUAAACUCGCCGUGUACGGCGACUCCAACGUCGACGAGGAGGAGGGGCGAAGCAGCGAUGGGGCUCAAUCCGGGGCUCAGAUGUCAAUUCGCGGCGGGCGGGGCGGCGUCGUCCUCACGCCCCGGCUCCGUCCCCCGCGCCCGCCGCCCUCCAACCACCUGGAACCCCUCCUCCCGUUCAACGGCGUGGAGGCGAUGGCGAGGGAAUUGCACCAGUACGCCGCGGGGGGACGGUUCGCGGGCGAGUGCUUCGUCGCCGGCGCCAAGCUGGUCCGGCCCCGCGGCGCCUUCGUGGCGGUGACGGACGCGCACGUCAUCGUCGGCGUCAACGUGGGUUCGUCGUCCGAGACUGGCGCGUCCAAGUGGCUGGCGCGCGAGGCCUUACCCCUGGAGGACGUGGUCACCGUGAGCAAUCGCGGUUCGAUCGGCGCCGAGACGGUCGUGGUGAGGGCGCUGCCGAGGCGGACGACGGCGAGUGGUCGUUCGGAUCGAUCGACGGAGGGCGGCGGCGGGUCGGAUCAAACUUCCGGAGCCGUGGCGCCCGCGGGGGACUCCGCCCUGGAGCUGGUGCUGCGCCCGGUGGCGUACGUCGCGGCGUUGGCGCACAGGCUCGGAAGGGAGGGAGGGCGGGCGACUCCUCCUGCGAACGUAACAGAGAGGUUAAGGAACGGAACAGCCGCUGUGAACGGAACAGCCGCUGUGAACGGAACAGCUGUGAACGGAACAGCCGUGAACGGGUUGGUUUGGAUGGCAAAAAAGCCGAGCGCGUCGCCUGGUCUCGGCAUCCGCGAGGUUGAGUUGCACUGCGUCGACGAGGCGUGCGCCGGGGCGUUGGAGCGGUGCCUCGUUCAGGCGACGCGGACGAGCGGGCGCGAGGCCAGGGGGGUGCACCUCGCGUAG